AUGAGUACGCUCUUGAAUGAGUGGACGUCUGCCGCCCAAUCCACGAAGAGAGCGCCACCCAAGAACAUCCUGUACAACUGGACCUCUCCAUCUUUGAUAUUGACCUUCGUGUCUUUUGUCUACGCGCGGCUAGCGGUUGAGGCUGCCUGUGCCACUCCCACUGCAGCCAUCAUGAAGUGCUACGCAGUAGUCGUGCUGCGCAUCUUCUUCACCGCGGCGCUGUGCGCGCGCGUCUGUUUUGCAUGUGCGCCGAAGCACUCCAAAACCAUGCAGUUCUUUCUCCCUCUCAUCGGAUUGCCACUGAGGGUUUGA